AUGUCGAAAUUUGUGUGCAUAUUUAUCUGUGUCUCUUUUAUGAUAAUUUCUGUCCCUGGUUCGUCAGAAGAAAAGGAUGGCGUUCUUCGAAAGAUAAAGGCAGGUUUGGAAUAUGCCACAAAUUAUUUGGAAACUGCUAAAGAUAUUGCUGAUCUCGUGGCGAAGAGCUUAGGUCACAAGCAGCAACAGAAGCGGGGGGAUGAUAACGAUGCGAAACAGAAGGGUAGUUUCGGGGCUUCUAAUCUCGUGUCUGCCUUUUUCCGGCUUAUUGGAUUAGACUCGCAGAAAGUAACUGCGAUUGCUGUAAACAGUGUCAUAUUCCUUGCGCAAAUGAUAAGUUCAUUAUUCGAACUGAAGCCUGCAAAAGAGAACCUCGCCAGAGAUUUGGAUGACAAUAAUGACAAUUUAUCUUGGAAUCCUGCUAAUCUUAUAACAGAAAGCAAAAACGAUAAAAUACAAAGAUUGCUUCGGCAGGCUCAGGACGACGAGCUACCGAAUCAGCUGAUCGAAAAAGUCGACGGUGUCGACUCAGCCUGCAUCAGAUUGUUACUUUGCAAAACAUCGCCAGUUAUAAGGGCGGUGCAGAAUUUUCUGAGGAAUAAAACGCGUACCGAAUCGCAUCCAAUGACUUCGUGGCUUCCCAGCAGGGAUCGGUUCGAGGAAAACAGCGACGAAUGUGAAAACACGCAUACCGAUUGCAGUUUAUUUUCCUAG